GGGGUCGGAUGCAAGAAGUACCGGUACCAAGAUGAGGACAGCCCCCCCCUGGAGCAGAGCCCCGCCCACCUGCCCAGCCAGGCCAAUUCCCCUCCAGUCAUCGUCAACACGGACACAUUGGAGGCCCCGGCCUAUGUGAAUGGCACCGAGGGGGAGAUGGAAUAUGAGGAGAUCACAUUGGAGCGGGGUAACUCUGGCCUGGGCUUCAGCAUUGCCGGUGGCACCGACAACCCUCACGUGGGGGAUGAUCCCAGUAUCUUCAUCACCAAAAUCAUCCCUGGGGGAGCUGCAGCUCAGGACGGGAGACUCAGGGUGAAUGACAACAUCCUGUUCGUGAACGAGGCUGACGUGCGCGAGGUGCCGCACAGCGCGGCCGUGGAGGCGCUGAAGGAGGCGGGCGCUGUCGUGCGGCUUUACGUCAUGCGCCGUAAAGCGCCGCAGGAGAAGGUGGUGGAGGUGAAGCUCAUCAAGGGGCCCAAAGGUCUGGGGUUCAGCAUCGCAGGGGGUGUUGGGAACCAGCACAUCCCAGGGGACAACAGCAUCUACGUGACCAAAGUGAUCGAGGGAGGAGCAGCUCAUAAGGACGGGAGGCUGCAGAUCGGGGACAAGAUCCUGGCGGUGAACAACGUGAGCCUGGAGGAUGUGAUGCAUGAAGAUGCUGUCGCUGCUCUCAAGAACACUUUUGAUGUCGUUUACCUGCGAGUGGCCAAACCUGCAGGAGCCUUCCUGGGGGAUGGGUUCGUGCCCCCGGACGUCACCGGAUCCUACUCAGCUCACCUGGACGCAGACCUGGGCCCCCAGAGUUACCUGGGUCCUGAGUUCCCCCCGUCCAUGACCCCAACGUCCCCCAGACGUUACUCACCCGGCCCCAAGGACCUGCUGCCCGAUGACGACGUGCCCAGGGACCCGCGCCGCAUCCUGAUCCAUCGCGGCUCCACAGGCCUGGGCUUCAACAUCGUGGGGGGGGAGGAUGGGGAAGGAAUCUUCAUCUCCUUCAUCCUGGCUGGGGGUCCUGCUGACCUCAGUGGGGAGCUGCGCAAGGGGGACCAGAUCCUGUCCGUGAACGGGGUGGAUCUGCGCAGUGCUACCCACGAGCAGGCAGCUGUGGCGCUCAAGAACGCAGGACAGAGCGUGACCAUCAUCGCGCAGUACAAACCUGAGGAAUACAGCCGCUUCGAGGCCAAGAUCCACGACCUGAGGGAGCAGCUCCUGAGCAGCAGUUUGGGGUCGGGAAGUGCAUCCCUGAGGAGCGACCCCAAGAGGGGCUUCUAUGUCAGGGCCCUGUUUGACUACGACAAGGCCAAGGACUGUGGGUUCCUGAGCCAGGCCUUGAGCUUCCGCUUCGGGGACGUUCUCCAUGUGCUGGAUGCAUCAGAUGAGGAAUGGUGGCAGGCGAGAGCUGUGCACCCCCCAGGGCAGCCCCCACAGCUCGGCUUCGUGCCCAGCAAGAGGAGGGUGGAGCGACGAGAGUGGACGCGCCUCAAGGCCAAGGAUCGGGUCCCUGGAUCAGGCUCACAAGAUGCUGUGCUGAGCUAUGAGACAGUGACGCAGAUGGAAGUGCACUACGCUCGCCCCAUCAUCAUCCUGGGCCCCACCAAGGACAGGGUCAAUGAUGAUCUCCUGUCUGAGUUCCCGGAGAAGUUUGGAUCCUGCGUCCCACACACCACCCGCCCCAAGCGCGAGUACGAGGUCGAUGGCCGUGACUAUCACUUUGUGGGGUCUCGGGAGCGGAUGGAGAAGGACAUCCAGGGACACAAGUUCAUUGAGGCCGGACAGUACAACAGUCACCUCUAUGGCACCAGCGUCCAGUCCGUGCGGCAGGUGGCGGAGCAGGGCAAGCACUGCAUCCUGGACGUGUCAGCCAAUGCCGUGCGGCGCCUGCAGGCAGCUCAGCUCCAUCCAAUCGCCAUCUUCAUCCGGCCCAAGUCAUUGGAGAACGUCCUGGAGAUCAGCAAGCGGGUGACUGAGGAGCAGGCCAGGAAAGCGUUUGACAGAGCAACUAAACUGGAGCAGGAGUUUACUGAGUGCUUCUCUGCAAUGGUGGAGGGCGACAGCUUCGAGGAGAUCUACCACAAGGUGAAGCGCGUCAUCGAGGAGCUCUCGGGCCCCUACAUAUGGGUCCCAGCCCGGGACCGCCUCUAGGGCUGGGGGGGGGUUGCCCCUUUAAGACCCCCCCCCCCUCCUCCAUCAGCUUCACCCCAUUGAGGGGCAGCUGCAUGCACACAAUGGGGGGGGGUGUGUGGGACACCCCAUAAGCAAAA